GAUUCGGGCGCACAAAUUAUCAGGUCGCCCUAUCCCGCGCGUGGAUCGUCACUCCCUUGUCUCUUUCUUUUUCCAUUCUCGCCUUUUUCUAGUACUCGCCGGACGCCUUACCCUCAAAAUCCGAUCCGGCUUCCCAUCUGUCACAUCCACGAACCGCGCGACAGGAAAUUCUUCUUCUUCAUACUGGUCAGGGCUCCGGCUAAUUAUGACGGCGCCAUGUCCGACGAUUCAGCCAACCAACAUUUCCGCGGACAGGUCCGCUCCUGGGGCACAGCCAACAAGCCCAACGGCCGCGAAGGCGACGUGAACGAGAACUCGCCUCUUCUUUCAAAUGGCAACCACUCAGGAACCCACGAUAGCCACAUUGUCAACGGCGACGGCGGCAACAAGACCCUGAAGUUCCUCUUCAACGCGACACAGACACCCGGCACCGAUAGCCCCAAUGCUGCCGUAAGAUACUCAUCGCACGCCUGGCAUGUCACCAAGGUGUCGCUCCUCAGCAACUAUGUCAACUUCCUGCUUGUCAUGGUGCCUAUUGGCAUUGUGGCCGGAAAGUUGCACUGGAGCCCAGUCGCCGUCUUCACCAUUAAUUUCUUCGCUAUUAUCCCCCUCGCUGCUGUUCUGUCCUUUGCCACUGAGCAAAUUUCGAUGAAGCUGGGCGAGGCCCUCGGAGGCCUGCUCAACGCUACCUUUGGAAACGCCGUCGAGCUGAUUGUCAGCAUUGUCGCCUUGAAGGAGGGUCAAAUCGAGGUUGUCCAGUCAUCUAUGCUGGGCUCCAUUCUCUCUAACCUGCUGCUUGUCAUGGGCAUGUGCUUCUUCUUUGGUGGAAUCGUCAACAUGCGCGACAGAGUUACUGGCCAGGGCAUGGAACAGAGCUUCGCCUCUGCUACGGCGCAGACCACUUGCUCGCUGAUGACGCUGUCAUCAGCAUCGCUGGUCAUCCCCGCCACGCUCUACUCGGUCCUCGACAAGGCCGAAAGCGCCGAGAAGGAGCACAGCAUCUUGGUACUCUCCCGCGGUACCGCCAUCAUCCUGCUGUUACUUUAUGUCUUGUACCUCUGGUUCCAGCUGCGCACUCACCCCAACCUCUUCGAUGCCGAGACCCAGCACCACCACGAGGAGGAAGUGGAGGAGCCGAUCAUGGGCCCUAUUGCGGCGGCCGUCGUUCUCGUCGUUACCACUGUCCUGGUCGCCAUCUGCGCCGAUUACCUCGUCGAAAGCAUCGAUCCCAUUGUCGAAACCGCCCACAUCAGCAAGAAUUUCAUUGGUCUUAUUCUUAUCCCCAUCGUCGGUAACGCGGCAGAGCACGUCACAGCCGUCGUUGUUGCUAUCCGCAACAAGAUGGACCUUGCUAUGGGUGUUGCCAUUGGCUCUAGCAUCCAGAUCGCCCUUCUCGUUACCCCGUUCUUGGUCAUCCUCGGAUGGGCUGUUCUCGACAAGCCCAUGACUCUCCACUUUGAGACUUUUGAGACUGUCGCCUUCGCAUUCUCUGUCCUGGUCGUCACGUACACUGUCCAGGACGGCAAGUCCAACUACUUGGAGGGUGCCAUGUUGCUUGGCCUGUACAUCAUUAUCGCCUUGGCCUUCUAUGUCAGCCCUAGCGACGCUAUCGAUCGGGUGCUGUCCGUUGUUCAGGGUUGA